GCCCGCGGCGAGGCGAGGCGGCUCCUGUCACUGGGUAACCGGGUCCCCUCCCCAGGCCGGCGAGGGAGCGCCGCGAGCAGGGUGCGCCCCGCACCAUGGAGAGAGCCUGAGCCCGCGGCUGCCGGAUCGGGGCCGCCCCUCCGCGCCAUGGCCGAGUUCCCAGCCAAAGUCCGCACCCAGACCAGCACCCCGGCCGGGGCGCACGGCCCGCUGCCCGCGCUGCGCUCCCUCGCCCUGGACCUCGGCUUCCUCCGCUCCUGCCUCGGGCUGCUCAUGAUCGUGGAGCUGGUGCUCGGCUUGCUGGUGUGGGCUCUCAUUGCCAGCACAUUUUACCAACCCAUUCCCGCAUAUGGCUGGGUGCUGUUUGUAGCCAUCUUUUUCUGGCUGGUAACAGUCAUUCUGUUUGUGAUGUAUCUUCUACAGCUUCAGAUGAAGCUCUACAUGAUCCCCUGGCCUGUCGUGUUAGUGAUAUUCAACGCGUCUGCGACUGUCCUGUACGUGACUGCGUUUAUUACGUGCUCCGCCGCCGUUCAGUCUGUAUUCCGGCUGCCUGGGGACUACAAUAAAAGAGCGGCUGCAUCAUUCUUUGCCUGCGUUGUGAUGAUAGCCUAUGGGGCGAGCACUUUCUUCAGCUUCCAGGCAUGGAAAGGAUUUGGCAGCAAUGCAGCAACCAGUCAAGUGACUAACUAACCCCCCCCCCAAGGACUGGGUCUCUUGAAGGCAGUUUACAGUUGAUAGGGUAGGGGUGGGAGGGCUCACUGGAUUUGCAUUGAGUGAGGGAGCCUCUCAUCACUAGGUCUCUCAUUCAGAUCGACCUAGGUCAGUAGUGGCUGAAAGUCAUAACCGGCCAAUAGCUGUUUGGUGGCCUACGUGAGGGCUGACACGUGGUCUUUUAAUGCAGCUUACAGUGGAUAAGUGUCCACAGCACAAAACCCACCACAAUUGGCCUCCCUGUAUAGUGAAAGACUGACUUGGGAGACUGAAGUCCCUGGAAUUGGUCUCUUCAUGUCAAAGUAGCUUAGGGCGGGGGUCCUCAAUGUCUUUCUGAGCCCCCCCCCAACAUACUAUAAAAACUCCACGGCCCACCAAUGCCCC